AUAUAGUCACAGAAAAUAUAAAAAAAAACUAAAAAAAAAAAAUCCGUUAAAAACAAAAUCUGUUAUGCUCUCCUCAGGAAAAGGCUUCGGAUAAGCUUAGCAGAACCUCGAUAGGUUAUGCUUGAUCGUAUUAUAUAUGACAAUCACAUUAGGGACAUAUACAUCAGCUUUGAUUCAGUACAAACGAAAAUAUCGAAAAAUUUACAAUUUUAAACAUUUUUUAUAAGAAAUACAGAAUUUUAUACAAUCAAGAUGCGCCUAUUGAAAUGCUGUUGCUGCAUUUCAUUGCAAUUCGGGACGAUGAUCAUCGGCUGCAUAUUCGGGAUUAUGGAUUUUUUAAUGGGAUGCCUUGGCAUCUAUUAUGUGACCCGCAAAGAGUUACCGGUGUGGCUAAUCAUGUUUUUUGACAAGAUGAACGCUCGUCAGUGUGUUUUCUGUUUCGCAGUUGUCUUUUACUUAAUGUCUUUUAGCGAUCUAUUGCUAAUCUCUGGAGCAAUGUCGAAAAACCCGGCAUGCAUGGGACCCUGGCUUAUAGUGAAUUUUAUUGUGCUCAUUUGUACUAUAGCCACAGCUCUACUGAGUGCACUUGCUAUUAUAAGAAUCGUUAUAAUCGUGUAUGCCAUGUUGGUCGUGAACUCCUACUAUGAUGAGCUGACAACUUGAUUGCAUCAAAUUCUGCAGUUCUAAGUUUACAAAUUGACAGUCAACGUAUCAUUUCUAAGAAAAUGCUCAACAUUCAACAGCGCUGACGAUUAUCAACACAGAAGAAAGAGAGUCUGUACUUAUAUAAAGGCGGCAUAGAGAAAGAGAUUUCUAAAUGACAGAAACGCAGAGUUCCAGAAGCGCCCUUAUAAAAAGGAUUAAGCGAUUAAAUGAAACUGCACAUCUUUUUUAAAUACAUUUUUUUUUUAUUAUAAAUGCCGUCAAAAGCUUCGCUUAAGACUCAUUAAAAAUCCAUUAAACUCGAUAAUAAAGAACAGCGACAAACAGCGCAAGAAACGAGCAACAAAA